AUGAACACAACCAAGCUGACUGUCGUUCAUUUCCCUAUGAACGUCAGUACAUAUGAGAAGCAGAACUACCCUGAGAGAUCUCUAAAUCAUAAAGUUAACAAGAUAGAAACUUUAGAGAACAACCCACUUCACAAAGCCUGUAGGAAGGGGGACCUUGGCCGAGUGAGACGCAUCUUGUCCCGGGAUUUGGUCAACGGUAGAGACAAAAAGCACAGGAGGACACCUCUCAUGGUGGCGGCGCAGAAGGGGCAUAGAAGAGUAUUUGGCUUUCUUAUUAGAAAAGGAGCUAAUGUGUCACAAGUAGAUGAUGAUGGCUUGAACAUCCUGCACUGGGCCUGUAAUGGCGGACAUGUGGGUAUGGUGAAGUAUGUACUUACACAACACAGUGUUGAUAUUAACAGUAGAAAUGCUUUUGGAAAAACAUCUCUGAUGAACGCUGCAUAUCAUGGGUACAGAGACGUAUUUGAUGUUCUCGUGUGUAUGGGAGCAAAUGUGUCACAAGUGGAUGAUGAUGGUAACAACAUCCUGCACUGGGCCUGUGUUGGCGGACAUGUGGGUAUGGUGAAGUAUCAACUCUCACAACACAUUAUUGAUAUUAACAGUACAUCAAAGAUAGGAGGAACUAUCCCGAUGAAGGCUGUUUAUUAUGGGCACGUGGACGUGCUUCCGGUUCUUGUGUGUAUGGGAGCUAAUGUGUCGCAAGUGGAUGAUGACGGCGACAACAUACUUCAUUAUGCCUCAUUUAGAGGACAUGCAGAGAUAGUAAAGUAUAUUCUAUCACAGGACAUGGUGAACAUUAACAGUAGAGGAAAGUACGGAAGGACACCAUUAAUGAGAUCAGCAUAUCAUGGAUAUAGAAAAGUGUUUGAUCUACUUGUGAGUAAAGGUGGUCAAACUCCCUUAACGGAUGACAAUGGUGACAACAUCCUUCAUCUGGCCACUCUUGAAGGACGUGUGGAGAUGGUGAAGCAAAUCCUCUCACAGAACAUGACAGACAUUAACGCCAGGGACCAGGAUGGGGAAACUGCAGCCAUGAUAGCAAAGCGUGAAGGACAACACGGAGUGUAUAACCUUCUUGUUUCGCGUGGCUGCCCAGUGCAAUAA